AUGAAAAUCGGCAUUCAACCACAGCCAAUUCCGGCCGCCCCCGAGCUCGCCGAGUUCGAGGUCAAUGUCAUGGAACUCGGCCCGGAAGAGCAGGCCGACCAAUCGAACCGAGGCGCUGGACGACCACAAAAGGAGGGAGAGCCGGGCAGGUGUGCCAACUGCCGAGCGAAGGCCAACGACGUCAUCGAGGGCUCAGACAAGGUCAUCGUGCUCGACCGCACCUACGGCCCGCUGUCGUGCCAAGGAUGUAAAGAGAAAUAUAGAAAGGCCGUGAGGCGCUUGCCGACCGUCAAAAAUUGCGAACUGCGGCAGUGCGACAAGGAGAGGUGCACGCCGCAUGCCGUGGAGAAGAUGGAGGCCAUCGGCUUUCAGCGUGGCCUACUCCCCCGCGAGAACAAGCAGAAAAUCCGCCGUCGCACCCCGUCUAAU